CAUUUUGAAGCUGAACUGGACGUACUUUCCAACUUUUAACUUUGGAGUCACAUCUCUAGCAGCUUCUUAAAGACGUUUUCCUCCUCGGAUGAGACUCGGAUCUCCGCAGCAGCAGCAGCAGCAGCAGUGAGUCUGGAUGACUUCUCUUGUCCUCGUGUUAGGGUAAAUAUCGAGGAAUGGAAACGAUGUAAACAGCUCGGGGGGAAAAACAAACUCUACAGAGCAACAGAAAGAGAGGAUGAUCCCGCCGGCCAACAUGAUUCAGGACCAAAGUGGGGGCAAAGAGGACGAACGGGACCAGAAUGAGACACCAGAAUCCCCGACGGCGAGAGCCAGCCAGCAGGAAACCAAGAAUACUGUGAGGCCUGAACAUCAGAAGCGCAAGCUGCAGAAACUCAAGCGCUCCUUGUCCUUCAAGACCAAGAGCAUCCGCAGCAAGAGUGCCGACAACUUCUUCAGAACCAGCAACGACAACAAGACAGAGCUGCUGUCUGAUGUGAGCAGCAGCACGGGCCAUCUCUGCAACAUUGGGAUGGCCCCGCCGCACACCACCAACCUGCCCAUCCCUCCGGUCCCUCCGGCCAUCCCCAGCGCUCCUCCUCCUACAUCACGCUCCCAAUCACGCAACCCGCUUCAGGUGGACUCGGCGGGACACUGCUUCAUGGAGCACAUCUUCAAGAAGCCAACGUUCUGUGACGUCUGCAACCACAUGAUCGUAGGUACCACAGCCAAGCAUGUGGUGUUUCUGGCGGGGAACACAGCAAAGCAUGGCCUUCGCUGCAAAGCCUGUAAGAUGAGCCUCCACCACAAAUGUGAGAACGGAGUGGGACAACAGCGCUGCAUGGGCAAACUGCCAAAAGGCUUUCGGCGGUACUACAGCUCCCCAUUACUGAUCCAGGAACAGUAUGGCUGCAUCAAAGAAGUCAUGCCCAUCGCAUGUGGCAAUAAGGUGGACCCUGUGUAUGAGGCCUUGAGGUUUGGGACGUCACUGGCGCAAAAAGCCAAGAGGGCCAGUGGCUCAGAGUCUCCACACAGAAACUCGACCAGUGACUUGGAUAAGGUUCCAGAGGAAGUGGUGGCUCACAGCAGUAGGCAGGAGCUGUCGAGAAAACACAGCGAUGAUGUUUUCACAGUUCUGGAGAACGGGAUGGAGCACUACCACCAGUCAGAGAGAAAACCUGACGAUUCCCCGCUGGAGCAGAGCCAACUACAAAAAGACAUCCUCAAGCUCAACACCUAUGUGGCCUUGUUCAGUUUCACUCCCCAAGAUAGCCAUGACCUGGAGAUGAGCGCGGGAGACAGAAUCUUACUGGCUGACGACUCCAAUGAUGACUGGUGGAAGGGGGUAAUUGAGGACAGGAUCGGUUUCUUCCCAGCAGCCUUUGCUCAUCAGGUGGGGCCUGGGGACCAAGUGUUUAGGUGUAACAGGACGUUCAUCGGAUGUAAGGAACAAGGCCAGAUCACCUUGAAGGAGGGACAGAUUUGUGUGAGCAGUGAGGGUGAACACAGCGACUUCAUAAGAGUGGCGAGUGGAAAGAAGAGAGGCUUUGUGCCCUGUGACGUUCUGGAAGUCAUCUGAGAGAAACACUCAGAGACAUGAAGAGAGAUAGACAGAAAGAGACAGAGAGCGAGAGAAGGGAGGUAGGAUCUGCCGCCUGGAGGUCAGAUGAGGACAAACACUGAACCUACAAAAUGGCUAUGAGACAGCAGAAAUUGGAGCUUCAAAAAACGAUGCUGCUUUUGUCAGUGAGGACUCCGCUUUAUUUGCAGGUCAGAGUCUCAGAACCUUUCUCACUCCCUCUCAGCGCAAAGAGAGAGAUGCUGAGAUGACAGGAUGUUUCUUGUUUGCAAGGAGAUUAGAUUAUCACUGGAUUUGUCAUAGAAGUCAUAGAACCAAUGUGUGUUUUUUUCCCUCUUAGUUUUAUUCUGCUACAAGCUGUUCUGAAAGCUGCCUAAGCAAAGGAAACAAACACUUCUUACAAAGAUUAUUUUUCAAGGUUUCAGUACAUACAAUGGCAUGCCUCUUACAAAUAGUAUAGUUUUCUUAUGCAUUAACAUUGUGAUCUGAGUCUUUUAACACAAAGUAGUCAACACAGAUUAUUUUUGAUGACAUAAUUCCUUGUCAGAAACUGAUGCACAAAAUGGAUUUGAACCAAGAGCACAUACAAUGAAGUAAGAACAUUGAUUUACUUUCUUUAGAGUGUCAAAUCUCCCCUGAAGGUUUCCAUACUGUUCCUAUAAAGGGAGAGAAACAGGGGAGUGCAUCAGGUGCAACAAAAAGAUGUGGGGGAGUAUUUUCAGAGGAAUUCCACACAAUCAAAGACUUUAGAAAUUCUCACUGAUAAUAUCUGACACUUACUUUCUUGGCUCAUAGUGUCUUGCUAAUUGCAAUUACUUAAUGAUGAUGUCACAUAAAAUAUGCUAUACAAUACACCAUUCAAAUCAAAAUUACUUAAACUGAACUUUUAAAUACUUAUUAUUUAACAACUUUUUUUCAUCGCAGCAGAAUCUACUGGAUGUGUCUUUUGAGACAUGUCCUAAAAGUAGUUUUUUUCAUUGAUUUCUUAAUUGAUUUGAUUUUCUCUGUUUUUGUUUUGUUUUGAUCAAAUAUGUCCUGCCUUAAAUGCUAUAAAACAGAAGAGAUGUUUUAUAAUUUUUAAUGAUCAAAGCUCAUGUGAUCUUCUGAGCAUGCCCUGUGACCACAUGAUGGUGCCUGUAAGACAAUUAUAAGAAAAUGAUACAUUUCUAGUUAGCCUGUUAACUUUAAAUGUGAUCACUCUCGUGUGGCUUUUUCUCUUUCUCUGCACAGACUGCUCUGAGCAGCAGUGGAGUGCAUUCACCACAAGGUGUUCCAUCAUCGUAGAUAUAGUAUGUCUCUUAAAAGGUUGUUCUGCACUGAAA